AAGGGGCGGGCCCGUCUCCCGGGUGACAGGAGGCCGAGAUGGCGGCGCGGGAGGCGGCGGCGCAGCGCUGCGCGCCUGGCUUUGAAUGAGGGGCGGCCAGCGCGGGCGGAGGCUGCGGGAGCGGCCGCCUCGGCCCCUGGCGCCCCGUGCGCUCUGUAGCGUCCCCUAGCCUCGGGACAGGGCAGUAUUGGAGCAGCCUACCUAAUGAUCCACCUUCCUGACUCUUCCUAACUUAAAGCCUGGAAUAUAAAAAGUGAUUUAAAUGCCAUAGCAUAUUUGAAAUCAAGCUGUCCUUCCAUGGAAUCCAUGGCCUGAGGAAAAUGUCACAGGUCUGUCUUCUCUUCUCACCAGGAGGAAGGGUUUUUCACCAUGGCCAUAACACAGUUUCGACUCUUUAAAAUCUGUACUUGCCUGGCAGCAGUGCUUUCUUUCAUUAAAAAGUUAAUAUGCAGGUCUGGAAGAGGGCGAAAGUUAAGUGGAGACCAAAUAACUUUGCCAACCACGGUGGAUUAUUCAUCUGUUCCUAAACAGCCUGAAGUAGAAGACUGGUCUUCAUGGGAUGAAGAUGCACCUACCAGUGUGAAGAUUGAAGGUGGUAAUGGUAGUGUGGCUGCUCAGCAAAAUCCUUUGGAACAAAUGGAACCUGAUUAUUUCAAAGACAUGACACCAACUAUAAGAAAAACUCAAAAAAUAGUUAUUAAAAAACGAGAGCCUUUAAACUUUGGGAUUCCAGAGGGAAACGCAGGAUUCUCUAGCAGAUUAGCAGCUACACAAGAUAUUCCUUUUAUUCACCAGUCUCCUGAACUGGGAGACUUGGAUACUUGGCAAGAAAAUACUAAUGCCUGGGAAGAAGAGGAAGAUGCUGCCUGGCAGGCAGAAGAAGUUCUUAGGCAACAGAAGAUAGCAGAAAGGGAAAAAAGAGCAGCAGAACAGCAACGAAAGAAAAUGGAGAAAGAGGCCCAAAGGCUAAUGAAAAAGGAACAAAACAAAAUUGGUGUAAAACUGUCCUAACAGAAACCAGGCACCAAUGGCAGUGAAAAAGAGAAUUUCAUCUCUACAACAUACAUAUUGGUAUUGAUUUAAGUAUUUCUAGGACUUCAACACACUGCUUGGUUUCAGUGCAUUCUUCAGGUCAUCUCAGAAGCCAGGAUUCCCCCCCAGAUAUCUUGAACUAUUCGUAGUGGUUCUUAAAAGAGGGAAAAAAAAAUCCACAGAAAAUCAUGCCUUGGUGGAAUGUUUCCUGCAAUAGUCCUGUUCCAGCACCCUUCUUUGCAGCAAAAGUGAGUGAGCAAGGAUGUUGAUUGAAAAACAACUCUAAUGAACAGCUCAAUCCUAGAGAAAAGAAUGUAAAUAUUCAGCGGUGGGAAAUCUACUGUAUUGUCUGUGCUUACCUGAAACAUGUAAUUAAACAGUUUUAAAGAA